CUAGUACCAGAAUUAUCCAGUUGAGUGAGAGUUGUAGAGCCAAUGACCGUUAAUAUAAUUUUUGUUUCUGCUCCACUCCUAUCCUCUCUUAAACCUUAUUUGGCCACACAUUUUGGCAACAUAUGAAUAAAACAAAUAAUGAUGAUAGAGAUAAAUCCUUCCAUGACACUAGAGCUUCUGAUUCCUUCCUCACCAAAUAAUGAAUCAUGAAACAAUUCGUAGUAAUCAAGAAUAAAAUAAACCAAUAAUUAUUUGACAUAUAAUACCAUAUCUACAAUAAUAAAGAAAAAACAAGUGAAAGCAUAAGAGGGGCUAAAAACAGAACAUGUUGGUGGCUGAAUCGAGUGGUUCUAACCUGAAUCUUCCUGAGGAGUUACUGCAAGCUCUACCGUCCGAUCCUUUUGAGCAGCUCGAUGUGGCCCGCAAAAUCACGUCCAUUGCGCUUUCGGCACGUAUCGAUGCACUUCAAUCAGAGGCUUCGGCUCUACGCGCCGAGCUAUCCGAAAAAGACGGGCUCAUCACGGAGCUCCAGGCUCAGGUAGAUUCUCAUCACGCCGCACUUUCUGAAGCCGCCGAUAAGCUCGCGAGAGCUUAG